UUUAAUUCAAUUCACAGGCCUACUGGUACUGGCCAAAUUUUAUAGCCCAACUUCCUAAAAUUAGUGGCCUUGAAUUCUAUCAAGUCAAGUUCCAUCCCGGCUUUCGUACCCAAAAGGUUAUCUUUAUACCAAGUAGUAUUCCUGUUAUUGUGGCGACUGUGUCGUUGACAUCUUCGUCUGCAAAACAUCGUUGUUCAGUCACAACUGCGGUUUAAUAGUGAUAGAAAAAUAAGUUGUUUUUUUUAAUUAACUAAGCGAAAAAGAACACCAUGUUGACGACCUCAGAUCUUCUACUCACAGAUCGAAGAAAAAUAAGAGAGGAAUGGAAAAAAUCUGAUUUUCAAAUUGGCGCAGACAUUGAUAUUAUAAAAAGAUGGUGCAAAACUCAAAAGCACCUUCCAGAGCUACCAUGUGAUAAUACGAUAGAAUAUUUUUUAACAAACUGCAAAUUUAGCAUCGAAAAAACAAAACAGAAUUUAGACAUGUAUUAUUCAAUUCCAAACUUAUUGCCAGAAAUGUAUGAAAAUAAGCAUCCUUGCCUAGAUAAGAUGAAAAAUGUAGAAAAAGUCGCAUAUAUGAUACCGAUGCCACGAUUAACCGAAAAUUUACAUAGAAUAACAGUGGUACAAUUUAGGGAUAGUGAUCCUGAUUUAUUUGUUCCUGUAGACUAUUCCGCAUUUCUCUUUAGGAAUAUAUUUGAAAUUAAAAAUCGAGAAGAUCUGACAAUGGGAGAAAUAAUUAUAAUAGAUUACAAAUAUUUUAAAUUUGGUCACGUUAUAAAAAUAUCACCAUUGUUUGCAAAAAACUGUGCAUUUAUUUUAGAAAAAGUUUGGUCUAAUCGAUUAAGAGAAUUGCAUUUUAUUAAUGCUCCCGUCUUCAUAGAUAAGAUCAUGGCCCUACUUAAAGCGUUCUUUAGUAAAAAACUACAAGAAAGGGUGCACAUACAUUCAGAUCUAGAGGAUCUGUUUAAACUGGUUCCAAGGGAGUUGCUGCCAUCUGAUUAUGGCGGAAAUGAACCUUCUUUAGAUGAAUUCCAAAGAGUAUGGUCACAAAAGUUUGAAGAUAACAAAGAAAGAUUUAAUACAUUAGACACGCUGAAAGUAAACGAAAGUCUUCGGCCAGAGAAAUUGGAAAAUAGUGAAAUUUUAGGAUAUCAUGGGAAUUUUAAAAAGAUCGAAGUUGACUAAUAUCGUGCAGCACCUUGUAAAUAUAAGUUGCAUGUAUGCCAUUUUUAAUAAAGUAAUUUGAUUAUAAUAGA